AUGGUCCAUAAAUUUCCUUUUAUGAAGCGCGUUUUCGCUGUCGUGUGUGUGACCAACAUUUUUAAAACGUCGUGGAGGGUAACUGUUGCUUGACUUCGGCUAAUAGCAGCUAUAAACCAACCAUGAGCGGUGGAACACCUUAUAUUGGGAGUAAAAUUGGCUUGAUUUCCAAAGCUCUAAAUCGGUAUGAAGGAAUCUUAUACACCAUUGAUACAGUGAAUUCUACGGUGGUGUUGACAGAAGUGAAGUCAUUUGGAUCAGAGGGCCGUCCCACUGACCGGCCGACCCCUCCUAAAGAUGACAUCUAUGAGUACAUUAUAUUCAGGGGUAGUGAUAUUAAAGAUAUUUCAUUGUGUGAGCCUCCAAAAUCACACCAUGGCCUACCCCAGGAUGCUGCAAUAUUGCAGUCAUCCCUUAGCUCCUUACCGCCCUCAUUUAAUUCAACUCAAGAAGCAUUCAGCCCAUACAGGAUCCCAUCCUAUAACCAGCUAGCAGCCAACUAUCUGCUCAGUCAGCAGUAUGCGGCAGCUCUUGGUCUUGCCCAUCUAGACCCUCUGUUGAGAAGGGGUCCAAUGGUGGAGCAGGCUGUCCAGACCACACCUGUAGAAAAGACAGUUCAGGAGAGCGGCCUGACUGUGUCCCAGGGGCAGCAGAGGUUGACUGGCAGGAACCAGCGGGGAGCAGCACGAGGUGGCCUGCAGCCCCAGAUGCAUGGGCAAGGCAUUAGGUCAGUACAAGCCAUAUCCCAAUCCCGGAAUGAAGCCAAUGAUGGCAACUGGCCCCUACCAAGGAGAAGACAAGGAGCCCGUAGGCCCAAGAAUAACAGUCAGGGCCAGCUUCUUGUGGAGACCUCCAAGCCUAGCAUCCUCAAGUUCGAGUCAGACUUUGACUUUGAUUCCGCAAAUGCUCAGUUCAACAAGGAAGAGCUGGCGAGAGAGAUUCAAGACAAGUUGCACCUCAAGGAAACAAACAAAGCGGAUAAUACGAAGAGUAAUUUGAAGAUUGUUGAUGAGGCAGAUCCAUUUGGGCCUAAGUGCUACUAUGACAAGGCCAAGUCUUUCUUUGACAACAUCACAUCGAAGCACAAGUCCAUACGCACCACCUGGGCAGAGGAGCGAAAGCUGAAUGUUGAAACCUUUGGGGUUCCUGGACGAUUCCUGAGGGGGCGCGGGGUCCGUGGCGGCUUCCGUGACCGAAGAGGGUGGGGGUUAGCACAGCGCCGGCCCUUUCAGAGAGCAGGGAGUGGGAGACUGUGAGGGUCAAGGACUAGGCAUAAUGUGGAGCUUGAGUAAACUUGUUGGAAUGGCCACAAAGUGGCCAUGUUACAUUUGUUUUUGUAGUUAAUGAAGAUUUAAUUCAGUGUUCAUUUUCUUCCUCCAUAAGUUGUAAUGUAUGAAUACAAAGGAUUUAUUUUGACUUUUUGGUGCCCCACAACGAAGUGCUUUUGCGUUCCUUUUUAUUUAAUGUUUUGCCUUAUGAUGCUUUUUGGCUAUUGAAUACAUUUUGCAUUUAAAUUAGUUCUGUGCUUUUCAAGCUUUUCUUUCAUUUCCUGAUAAAUGAAUGCCAUGCAGACUAUAACCUAUUCAAUUAAUUUAAAGAUUAAACUGGUAAGGGGAUUUGUGUUCAGGGACUAUUGUAGUUAUUACUUAAUUUAUUAUAAAUAACUUAAUACAAAUGUCAGUAAGAAUUCCCAUUUAUUUUGUCAUUUGCUGUAAAUAUGU